AUGACGGACUUUACGAAGCUGCCGCUGCAGGAGAAGGUCGAUGAUAUCAAGCUCGACGAGCUCCUUAGAAAACUGCACAGAAACGAUUCCAUCUCGCCAUCCUUAGUUACGACAAUUGCGAAGCAUGCAUCGGCCCUCAGUGAGAGUAUCUGCACCGACUACCAUACGCUGAACGCCAUACUUCUCCGAAACGAAAGCAUGAUACGGAAACGGUGGAUCAAGAAGUCUGUUGCUCAACGGCGCGAUAUUUUGCUGGAAGCAUGGCCAAACAUGCCAGAGAUGCAUCGCCCAGACUAUGCCGAUGUUGUCAACAUCUUCAACAAGUCUCACGAUCCAGCGCGCCUCAAAGAAGCCUUGGUCACAAAAGACAAAGAAGGAGUACCUUCAGAUGCUAAGAUGUGGCCUUUCAUAAACCUGGAGGACCUGUUGAAGCCGAAAUGUCUGCUGAUAUUUCUCAACGCUCGUGGUCGAAACGUUCCCUUGAUUUUUGCACCCACCGAAGAGGAGUUCAGUCCGCUGGCACGGAUGUCACCAUGCGGUCCUGAGCCAGAGCUUGUGAAGUAUCUACUCCAAUUCUCUAACGAUCCGAAUCCUACAGUUUAUGGACGGGUCAACCCUGUAACCAAACCUAUAGACGACUAUGUUGCUGACAAGAACGGCUAUGAAUACUGUGCUCGAAUCGGUCUACAGACUCUCCAUAUACAACAACGGAUCUUGAAGUUCUUGGUCACCUGCAGUAAGCUUAUCUUGCACGACUAUACUGAGGAUCUGCUGCUUCAUGGUCCUGUCCAAGUCGAGCCGCCAUUCGCCGAUCUCGAUGUUCGAGGCGACAUCGGAUAUACGACCUUCGCCGAUACACUCGCUAUCGCACCCUAUCGGAACAGGGCAUCCCUCGACUUGACCAGGCUACGUGCAUACUUCAACGCCUUACGCACGAACGCCAGAGACCAUAUCUUAGCAUUGCGCGAGGAUCCUUCUUACUUUGCGGAAGUCUUUAUGGAUAUUGCCGAUCAUACUAUGAAAAUGGCGCACAAUGUGAAUGGGCAAGUUCAUCCAGCUUUAGGCGGCACUGAGUUUCUUAUGGUAAAAGCACGAGAGGUCGUCAUUGAGGCAUACACUAUGUUCGUCGCUUGGGAAGAGUUGUAUCGAAUCGUGGACAAGCUCGCAGAAACCUCCCGGGAAGAUUGUAAAGACCGCUUCUCAUCUCUUAUGAGCGAGCUUGACUGCAGAGCUCGCAAGACAUCAAGGCUGUUGUAUCCUAUGCUUUCUGGCUAUGCUGCUUGCGCACCCAACAUGCGAAAAUUCUGUUUUCGUCAGGACGACUCGGAAGCCGUUGGAAGCGUCGUACUCAUCCCUUCGAGAAUUAAGACCUUCGAGGAAUUCCGUGUGGUAUCGUCGUUCUUGUGUUUAGCACAAAAGUCUGAUGCUGUUCUCUCGGACGCAACCCUAUAUCAUCUGUUGGAUGAUAUGGCUACCCUCUUUAGGACUAGCGACACCGCAAGGAACUUGAUGUCGGCUCGUGUCUCGGAGCUCUUUGCGCAUAUGUCUGUAGUUGGAGAGUGUAUUAUGCAGCACUCAGUGUGGUGCGAUACGCCACAGGCCUACGAAAUCGAAAAGGAUGCACCACACUCUCAUGACGAAGAAUUUCUCGAGUGGUUAUAUCACCUGGAUCAAUGCCAGCUUCCGGUACAUUCCAUCAAUCCUUUUCGUGGCAAGCUGGCGUAUCCUGCCCAUAAAAUCCGUAACAGGAGCAACGUUCAGAGUAUGCGUACGGCUGAAGCGAAUCUCGACAAAUUCUGGGAGCAUGUCGACACGUUCUACGAGCAGAAGACUGGAGUCUCGCAGCAUGAAGUCAUACGUCGGUGUAUCUUGGAUGGUGGAAAGAUGCAACGGACUCCGCCUUGGAAGGAGCCUUUGGGUAUGAGACCAAAGCCAGCGGAGCACCUGGAGUAUGUUUAUCAGCCCUUUUCAACAAUCUUCCACAACAAGACUAUGCAGAUCACAGGAGCCUUUGACCGGCUAGCUAUCGAAGAGAAGAAGAAGCCAAAGACGAAAGGCGUUACAAACAUCCCCAUGAUUGAUCAACCUGCCGACCAUGCUCCGCCCGCUAUCGAAGAAACAUCUAAGCAGACCUUUGCCUUGGAUAAGCGUGCGUACAGGACAAUGAAAGCACUUUUUCACGUCACUUUGUCUGACAACGAAGAGUUCCCCAAGGCCAUCAAGUGGGACGAGUUCAAGCGCGCUAUGGUACGCAUCGGCUUUGCUGCGGAGAAGCUGCAAGGUUCCGCUUGGCAGUUCACACCCUGUGAAGCCCUUGAUGUCGAUCGUGGCAUUCAUUUCCACGAACCACAUCCUGACAGCGACAUUCCGUACAUCAUGGCAAGACGGUUCGGACGGAGGCUUGGGCGGGUGUAUGGCUGGCGGAGCGAGAUGUUCAGGCUGUCUUGA